AGAUGGCGGCGGCGGCGGCGGCGGCGCCCGGGAGGCCGAGGCAGCGUCCCGGCUGCUGAGGCGGGCCCCUCGCGCGCGCGGCUGGCGACGGACGGGCCGGGCCGAGGGCUGGCGAGCGGGCAGCCGCCGCCUCUGCGCGCCCCGCGGCCGGGGCCGAGCCGUGCGGCGGCGGCGCCGGGGGAUGCUCGUGCUGGGCCCGGCCUCUCCCUCCUCAACUUAGGGCGGCGGCGGGCCCGCGCCCCUGGCUCCCGGGCCAUGGCGCUGAGGGAGCUCAAAGUGUGCCUGCUGGGGGAUACGGGCGUAGGUAAAUCGAGCAUCGUGUGGCGGUUCGUGGAAGACAGUUUUGAUCCAAACAUCAACCCGACGAUAGGGGCAUCUUUUAUGACCAAGACUGUCCAGUACCAAAAUGAGCUACAUAAAUUCCUAAUCUGGGAUACAGCUGGACAAGAACGAUUUCGUGCCUUAGCGCCGAUGUACUAUCGAGGGUCUGCUGCAGCCAUCAUUGUUUACGACAUCACAAAAGAAGAGACGUUUUCAACACUGAAGAACUGGGUGAAAGAGCUCCGGCAGCACGGCCCACCCAACAUCGUCGUUGCUAUUGCCGGGAAUAAGUGUGAUCUUAUCGACGUCAGAGAAGUCAUGGAGAGAGAUGCCAAGGACUACGCCGACUCCAUCCAUGCGAUUUUUGUGGAGACCAGCGCAAAAAAUGCGAUAAACAUAAAUGAACUCUUUAUAGAAAUUAGUCGAAGAAUUCCGUCCGCUGACGCCAACCCGCCAUCUGGCGGUAAGGGCUUCAAGCUCCGGAGACAGCCUUCCGAGCCGCAGCGAAGCUGCUGCUGACCGAGCCUCAGCCUCCCAGACUUGAUGAUUAAGUAGGUGGUCCAGAAAGUUAACAGGAGGGCUGGGGUCCCUGCCGCCAGGUUUCGCCUCACCGGUUUGGGUCUUCUUCGUGCAAAAAGGAUUCAGAGAAAUUGGCCAGUUCUGCUUCCUCUUUGGAGGCUGCAGCAGUUACAUUUCAGACUGCGGACCUCCAUUGUGUAACGAGGCUGGUGUGCAAAGGGACUGCAUCAUUGGCUUUUGACCUUGCUGAAAAGGAACAUGUAAUUGUAUGGAUGGUAGCAUUAAAUUGUUGAGUAGUUUUGUAAUCAAGAUUUUAUGUAACAUUUGUAAAGGGAAAAUUAGCACUUUCGUGGUUCUUGAGGGAAAAAAAGACCUUGCAGAGAUUGUAAUUUCCUUGGUUUCCUUGUAUAAUCCUUGUUAUAGGGAAUCGUAUCAUUUAAAAUGUGGUAGGUGAUCAUAAGUGGAGGGAUGGCAAUUAUUAUUGGGAGCUAAAAUGGGUUAUUUAUAGGACUGAUGGAAAUGACUCCGUCCCCGCCAUCUCCAAAGCACUUUUCAUUGAAUACUUUAGCCCAUGAUAUGUACAGUAAAUUAAUAACAGUAACAACAGAUGCAUUGCUCACCCGAGGUUUGCAUUCCGAUCUCAUCCUGUAUGUGUCACAAAACACAUUAUUGGCACCUUUUGAAAUAAGCUCUCAUGAUCAAGAUGGUGGUGGUAGAGAAGCUGCCUGGAGUAAAUUGAAUUGCAUAUGUUGGAACUGACUAGCAGUGGUUUAAAAAAGAGGAAGAAGAGAGUAAAGAAAGUGGUGUAAAUGCUGUCAAUUUUUUAUUUAACCCAGAUAUUUUGGUGGGGAAAACAGUUAUCUGUUGCUUAGCAUAUGUAAAGUUGUAGUCUAUAUUUAUGAGACCAUUGCUUAAAGAUUAUAAAUUAUGUAAAUACAUUAAUAAAUUCUAUGUUUCACCCAACACUCCAUUUAAUCUUGCAGCCAGUGUCUUGUGUGCCCACCCACCUCUCAGCCCAUUCAAGGGAGGCUCUGACGCACAUUUAUGUUGUGCGAGAGCACCAAGCACUUGGCUUACAGUCUUUAAAGAUGUCUCUGCCUUGCCUUCCACCCACCCACCCCUCCCUUCCAGACCCCAUCUGGAAAUCAUAAUAAAGACAUAUGCCACUUUGACAAGCCUGACUAGCCCUUCCUAGCCUGGGGGUAAAAGAUUAAGCUCCAAGUUCAAGUCAUUUCACCUGGUCUUGGUAAUAAGUUUCUUUUAGCAUUUACAGCGACCUCAGACAAGUGUUUCCAGCGAGCUUUCCUUGUUAACAAUUCAGCUUAUCUUUCCGUUUCCUAUAUUCCCCUGCCUCUGUUAGUGGUUAACACUCUUUCCCUCAGGGAGCCUAAUGAGGUUUUUAAUAUAAUCUAAAAAUAAAGCACUGAAGUGAAGUUGGUGACAAUUUGCGCCUGGUCUAAUUUGGCACCCUUCCAACCUGAGUAUUGUAAGGGAAGGAAAUUUACAAGAUUAAAUAGGAAAUGAAACAGCUUGAAUUUCAAACGAAAUUGUGUUUUCAGAGCUAUCCUUAAACUGAACAGUUGAAACUUUUAAAAAUAAUUGUUAUUUCCCUCUGCCCCCCACUUGAUAUGGGUAGAUUUUAAUAGGAAAAUUAUAACUCAGAUUAAGUAAAAAGCGAUUCCCUUUUCCCUGGUGUAUAUCUUAAGCAUUUGAAAUUAUUUAUUCUCUUACUAAAAUCAUAUGGAAGGAAUGUAGUUAGGGAAAAUUCUAACGUUUUGUUUAAAAUACAUGCGGACUCUAUAUCCUCCUAGCACGUUGCUUCUUUCCCACUGUGAAAUGAGCAAGCUGUAAAAGAAAACACACAAUUCUAAGGGUGGGCUCUUGACACCUGAAGGGGGUUGCAAUUCCUUUCCUAUACAUGCAGAUGGAUCAGGGCAUCUGGCUGCCACAGCCCUGGUGUGUCCCUGACAUUCCCACUUCUGGGCCUCUAUCUCCACGACAACAAACAAAAUAAAAAACAAAGGAUGCUUGACUCACUAACGAAGAGGCAGAGGCGGUAUAUGGGCGGCCCUUUCUGUCUUAUUUCACCAAAAGAUGACGCACAUCUGUGACCUUCACAGUUUUCCCACCAAACCUGUCGCCACUGUCAAUGAUUCCCUGGUGUCUGGGUGCCCGGGGAAGGCCGCGUGCUUCCGUGCCUCCUCGUACUGGUGAGGCUUCCGCCUGCCUCUUGGCCUGUCCCCACGGUCACUGCGUUUAGCACAAAACAGGCCAUCUCUUCAGGCCCUCCGUAGCUGUUCUCUAUUCACGACUUCUCAUGCUCCUCCCUGUUUGUAGCGAGGGCUUCUGUUUGGUUCUGGCCACGUGUUUUAGGCCCAGAAUGAAUGACAGGUGGCUCGUGCAACGGUGCUGUCUUCCCAUGUACUGGGGCCUCUUCUCUUGUGCCCUCGUUUUCCUCAGACUGUCUCAGGAAUCAGCGAGACCCUGCUGCUCAUGUAGCAUCUCCUUACCACUAGCAGCAGCACAUUGUCAUCUCAGAUCCAUGUGAUCCGUACCCCAGGAAAAUAGGGGGAAAUGUUUCCAUUUGUUUUGUUCACUUGUGUGCUGCAAAGGUGGAUGUUGAUGGCAGAAACAGUGUUUUACUUUGAACGUGUUUAGGAUUAGCAACCUGGCCAGGCAGUGAUCUAAUCCACAUGUCAUAUAUUCUCAGUCAUUUCUUAGGGGAAAAAGCUAGAUUUCAAAGGAAUUGAGACACAGCCCAUCUAUAAAAAAUCCUUUUAGUUCCCUUCUGACAAAGGACCAUCUUAAAAAACUUUGGGGAUUGAAAAGAAAAAUCAUUAAUUAGCUGCAAGUGUAUAUUGAUUCCUCUCAGAGAAAUUGAAAUGAGCUCUUUGCAGGUGCCCAGUCCUACAAACCAUCAGCCUCCAGAACUCUCCUUUCACACAAGUGUUUUUCCGAUUCUAUGAUAACUAAUUAACCAUCAUUUGGUGAUUAAAAGAACAUAAAGUAAGAGUAUGAUUAAGUGUCCUUCAUUUUAAACUCUCUUAAAGAAGUGAUUAGGGAGAAGUACCUAUUGCAAGCCCUUCUGGUUCCAAAUGAAACCUCCAUCACCUGCUUUUCUGCCACAGGCAGGAUAAGUGCUACGCAUAGCCACUGAGAGAGUGAGUCCCUUUAAAAUAACACACUUCCUUGUUGCCCGUUUAUGAUUUUGUUUGAAGCGGAUGCCUCCUGUAUCCGAAGGACGGAGACUUUUGUAUUAGAGGCUUGACCUCCUCCAUGGAGUGGGCUGUUGUCCUUCUCAAGGCGAUCAUUUUUCAUUAUUUUUUAAGUAUAUAAAAGGAAGGCAGGCCACACAUAAUUUUAGAACUUCUCUUUAAGUCUUGUUUCUCUCUCUCUCUCUCUCUCUCCCCCCCCCCCCCCCCUAAGAAGGAAAACAGGUCUAGGAGACCUUCUAAAUUAAGCUCUGGGAGAUAUAGUAAUGAAAAUGUCCUUUAGAUAACUGCUCCAUGGCUUUCCUGGAGAUGUCAAACCAGAAUCUCGGUACCUUCUCAGCAAUAUGUUAAAAUGGACAGGUUUGAUUCAGAUUACGCUGCACUAAUUGGCAUGUCAGCCUCAGGACUUGAAAAGGCAUUUGUUCACUGUUAGAUGCAUCUUUUAUAGUCUGUGGGUGAGUUGCAAAAAAGAGGUUAUAUAAAUUCUUACAAGCCUUCUUUUCCACUCAUUUUGUUCAGAACACGCUGAGAACAUGAUUCAUGGCCUCAUGGUUGUAUAAGAUAUAGGUUCACAGUAUGUUAUAUAUGACACAUGAGCCCCUGCACAUUCAGAUGUCCUUGCAAGAGCCUAAGUAGUGAGAGAAUCCUCUCCUUCUGAGGAAAAGUUACCGAGAGUCCCUUAACUCUGGUAUCUACGAGGUACCGGCUUUAAAACGUUGUAGGGGGAUGACAGCCCACACGCUCAGGCUGGCUCUCUUCUCUCAACUCUGUUAUCUGUAAAUGUUCUUCCUGACUCUAUGAUGAAAGUUAACGACCACGAUAAGCUAGAUGGUGUAAACUUGUAGAAAACUCUUCCUCUUUUAAAUUUGUUUUAAAGGGACUAGCAGCAUGACUUCUGUUUACUGUUUGACUUCAAGGGAGAGUCUACCUCUUAACGGUUAUUUAAUGUAUUUUUAAAGAAGAAGUGGAAUGUACUUUUAAGAAUCAAGCUAUGACUAUAUAUGCCUGCCUUCAAUUAGCUUGAUGCAUGAGAAGUUCAACGAUUCAAGAUGAUGCUUAGGAGACUUAACUCCUGCAGCACAAUCAUAAAAAAAUAAAAAAAUAAAAAAAAAAUCCAGUCCAAGGAACAGAUCUGUCCAGGAGAUACACAUUAUACUGCAUAGUUUUAGAAAAGGGAGGUCGGGUGAAAAUCUAGUCUAGGCGUGGAAGAAACAACCUCUGCCAAUUUCUCUUGACAGCAGAGUUACUUGUCUUGACUUCCAGUAAUAGAAAUCCGGGCAAUUUGAUUAUCUGAUUUGCGAGAAACAUUAAUGGAAUUCUGGGGCAUUUGUCCUGUUUUAUGUGCAAAUGAAAGUCUAAAAAAUAUUAGAAGGGUAUUACAUUUUUCAGGAGCCUCCACUUUUUCAAUCUAAGAGAAUGAUAAGGGAGACCUGGCGUGAUGAAGUUUCAUUAGAUAUAAUGAAGAAAGUGAAUAAAUAAAACCAAGAAUCCCCAUAUUUCUCGGUUUGUCCUUCAGGAUGCUCUGAGUAUAUAGGAAAAUGAUUUACUUUCCAAAUCUAGAAGGACUUUCCAGUAGCAUAGAUCAACUUUAAUUUGAUGGUCUGCACCAUCAGAAAUAACUAAUAUCUGUGUUCUUUCCUUUUAGAGUAUAAUCAAUUAUAGAUGCUAGGAUAUUUUUGGCUUCAAAACAAAAGGAUUCAGAAGUUUAAUAAAAAGAAAAAUUUUAAACCUUCCAUCUUCUCCUUUUAUUACGUUGAACAUUUUAAAUAGUAAGAUGAGGAUGUGUCAUCAGCAGAUACUGAAUUAAAACCAUGGAGUCGUAACAAAUUUAAGAAAAAAGUAUUUAGUUUAUUGCUAGCUCGUUUUCAAAUCUGUAAGGUGCCCAGAAUCUCAUCAAAACGCUUCAUAAAUGAAGCAAACCAAAUUCUGGGUAGCUUUCCAUGAACAGGAAUUCAAGUGCCCAGAAUUCAGCUAAUUAAUGGGAAACCCUAAGAUAGUAAUGGUCGUUUGAAAAAACCUUCUUUAAUUGGUAUUUUUAAACUGUAGAUCUUAAUGUUCUCCUUAAUCACUCAACAGAAACAAAACAUGCUGGUUUUGAUGCCACUUCUUGAUUCAGGAACAUUUCAUCGUUUCUGGAAGCAGAUUGUCUAAUGCAGUACUGUGAAGAAAAUCAUCUUUAAAAUAGCAGAUUGCACGGAGGGCCGAUAGUCUUUGCUCAGAACUGAAAUUGCCCAGGAAACUCCCAUGACCUCUUCAGUCAGGUUGUGGAGAAGCGGAGCACACCUCCUUCCCCACGGCGAGUCCAGAGCCCAGUCGGGAACAUUGUCCGGCCCGUGGCAGCCGGUGACUUCACCUCGGGGCCUCGUUCUCCUGUCAUUUGUCCCUUAUCCAUUUUUCCAUCAAAUUUGUGCUUAAAUAGUCAGUGUUACCCCCUGAAAAAUGUUGAAAGCAAGGCUGAAGUUUGUGUACCUCUGCUGACUUUGCAUAGGAGGUUAUUACAUAGUUUAUGGAACUUUUUCUUAAUACGGGCCAUGCACGUGAUGUCAGAGUGACGGGUCGAUUCGGUGCAGGCGGAGGGGGUUAUCGGCAGCUGGCUAGUCAGAGCAACUGAUUGGUGGCUCUAUUUUUAAACCAUUUGUUGUCUCGUGUAGACAGAACUGUAUUGGCCUGGAAAAGAUUUUUCUUUUUUUACUCUCAUCCUGCUCAGUCUUUGCAUCAUUUCACCUUAUGAGUCAUUCACAUAAUUGUCAAUCAUGCCUCUGACCUUCUUAAGAAUUGAUGUCUUGCCUUCUCUGUGAUCGAAACAGCCUCCUUGCCUUAUUUCUCUUCUUCUCAUUUUGCCGUGGACUCUCCCUUAAAGACGCACAGCACCAGCCCCCUCAGUGCGUGUGACAUCCCUUCCCACCCCGCCUUCCAAGGCGGCAGUGGUGGAGUCACCACCCGUGAGCGCUGUCGGGAGAUGCCAAGGCUAAUUUUAGGUGAGGAGCUCCCCUCUUCCCAGCGAGGAAACAGGCAGCCCUGGCUGUCGGUGGCAACAUGACUGACAGAAGGGGUUUCAGAGUCGGUGAUGAGAUAGUUUAAGCGUCAGGACGUUGCUCGAUGUGCAACAGAGCACCUGUUAAAGUAUGUAAAAAACACAAGUUUAAAGUCUUGGAAGAGAAGCAGCUGUGGAGAUGAGCCUAGACAUUUACAAAUAAAUAAAUAAAAGCUAAGCUGUCGUACCAGCAAUCCUUAUUUCUCCUAAGAAUGUCAUGCCUUUUCAAGACCCGAUGCAAGGAGUAAGAUAUUUGUGCCUUUUUAUGAUAGCAUCUAUUCUGGAAAAAAAAAAAAAAAAAACAUUAAGUUGCUUACAGUUUAGGCCGCUUUGCAGCACUAUAAACAGCCCAAAUUUAUAGCCGUGGCUUCACUGCAUGACGCAUCGCUUAAUCACCUGUGAUGGAAUAUUGUAAUGGGGAUGGCCAAGCUCGUGUGGAUGUCAAAGACUUUAUUUUUGCAGUCUUUACCUUGGGCUGGACCUAAGUCUACAUGUAAACCAUAUGAUGUCUGUAUUGUUUGUAGAUGCUGACAAGCGAAAACUAGAUCUUUUGAUUUUUGUUAAUAAGACUUUUCUUUUUGUACUUAUUGCUGGUAGUAGGUAGUUUGCAGACGGUGGUAGAUUUGGCAUACUUUUAAAACUAUAUCGUUUUAGCUCGGAUAUUCGAUGAUGAACUUUUAUAGAGUAUAACAUGCAAAAUCACUACAAAAUUUGUUGUAUUGUAAGAAGGGUGUAAACAUUUUGUUAAUAAAAUGCUAUGUUUACAAAUACA